AUGAAGAGCAAAAAACCACGAGGGCAAGAGGGACUGAAGACCGAUACGGAGCAGGAGAAAAGGAGAAGAGCCCCGAGGAAAUACCAAGGGUCCGUUAUCGUCGGGAUUCAGAACGGAUCUUUCGCCGAAGUCUUGAAGAAACUGAAGCAUGAGGUGGACGAGAAGGAGCUCGGCGUGGACAUAAGUGGGGUGAGACAAACAGAGCGGGGGAUGAAACUCCAAGUUAGGGAGAAGAAAACAGGCGGACAAGCGAGGCUGGCAAAAUACAUCGAGGAGCAGCUCAAGAUGAAGACUCAGAUCUCAGGACCAGCGCUCAGCACCACCGUCGCGGUCUACAACAUGGACCUAGUUACUACCGAAGACGAGAUCGAAGAAUCCAUACGAAAAGCCAUUAGGCUGAGUCGUGAAAACCCGAUCAGAGUAGAGAAAAUUAGGACAAAUGAGAGAGGCGAAAGAUCAGCGCUCGUGAGGCUAGCGAGGAUCGACGCAGACAGACUCUUGACAGCCGAACGAAUAAAGAUUGGAUGGCAAACCUGCAGGAUCCGAGCAUGGCGAACGGUGGCGGUCUGUUUCAAGUGCCAAGAAGUUGGGCACAGAGCACACGAGUGCAAAGAAAAAGAAACCAAGGCGAGAAGAUGCUACAAGUGCGGAAAAGAGGGACAUCUCACCAGAGACUGCGGUGAAUCUGACAUCAUCUGUCAGAACUGCGAGACGGAGGGUCACUCGAAGUACUCCUCAAAGUGUCCUAGAUUCAAGGAGCUGCUCGGAGACCAACUGAGCAAGAAGGCUCAAGGGAAACCAGCGCCUUCCGAGCAGGAGGAACCCGCGCAGAAGCAAGAUAGCGAAAAAGCGGACCCCAAGGAGAACACAGGGACUGCUUCUCAGGAAGGCGAGACUACGGGAAGCGGAGAAAGCGAACCAAUGCAGACCGAAGAGACCGGGGAGAAAUGGAAACUCGUCCAGAGCAGAAGGAAACAAAACAACAGAGAUCACGAUGAUAAAGAUAGUCCAGAUAAACCUCAAUAG